AUGAUACUUAAAGAGCUCAUUAGGAUAACGACUUUAAUAUCGUUAAUUAUCAACACAAAUUGCGUUGGCGAGCCACCACUUGAAAUUAUUAAACAAUGGACUGUAUCCAACUUCAAUUUUCCACAUGAUUGGCCAGUUAAUGAUAAAAACUUUUAUGAUCCUGAAAAGAUUGUAACGACUGGAUUUGAGAUAGGAAGUGAUAGAAUUUUCAUGGCAACGCCAAGAUUGUUUUCUGGUGUGCCAGCUACAAUUAGUUCAGUUUCUAGAAAUACUGUUGGAGAUUCGCCUGUUUUGAAGGCUUAUCCUGAUUGGUCGCACCACCAAGCUGGCCUCAAGCAGUACAAUUGCAGUGAUAUCGGUCUCAUUUCUGUAUAUCGUUUGAAAAUUGACUCAUGUAAUCGGCUUUGGGCUGUUGAUGCCGGUGUUUCAAGAUCUCUCGAGGAUUUCGAAAAUACGUGUCCACCAAAAAUCCUCAUCUAUGACUUAAACACGGAUGAGGUUGUUAGAAGAAUUGAUUUCCCAAAAGAGGUUGUACGCAAGGAUUCCCUCUUCACAAACAUCAUUAUCGAUGAGACGACAUCAAAGCCUGAAAAUAAUUGUGAUGAUGCUGUUGUUUACAUAAGUGACACCGUUGAGCCAGCCCUUGUUGUGUAUGAUUCGGGACGUGAUUUGACUUGGCGAUUAAGCCAUCCAUCAAUGUAUGCAGAUGAUGCCUUUGCCACGUCAAGAAUCGGAAAUGAUCGUUUUAAUCUGUCCGAUGGCGUUGUUGGUUUGGCUUUUGACGAGGAAUCUAGUACGGUUUAUUUCCAACCGCUGGCUACUGACAGACUGUUUUCAAUCUCAACAGCAGCAUUACGUGCAGGUCCAUUACCUGUUGGAAAAGAUUUGCCUGUAAAAUUGGUUGGCAAGAAAUCAUCUCAAGGUAUUGGCUUGGGAGCAAGUCCAUAUGGCGGUGAUAUUUUCUUCGCUCCAUUCACGGAAACAGCAAUCGCACAAUUCAAUCCGAGAACAAAUGAGCAGAGAGUACUUGCCUACGACUAUGAAGCUCUUCAGUUCGUCGCUGAUUUCAAGACAUCAAAACACGAUCCAAAUGCCAUUUACUUUGUGUCAUCAAGAUUCCAUCGGUUCUUCCUAAAAAAUGUCAAUGCCUACGAAAUAAAUACAAGAAUUUUAAGAAUCGGUAAUGUGGUCCAACCAGCACCUACUUAUUCCUUUAAUCCAACUGGAUUCCAUUCAAUUCCAAAUUAUGGUCAAAAUUCACUCUCUCCAUAUACAUUCCAAAAUGUCGCUCCAACAUCCCCAUCAGGAUAUCAAUUUGGUAAUCCAUCAGCAUCACCAGCUGCUUAUUCAGUAGCACUUCCAGUUCAAAAGCCAAAUUAUUCAUAUUCAUAUAAUGUCUUGCCAUCACAAUAUCUAACAAAAUCUGAUUUAUAUCAAUCGAUACCACAACCACAACCAGUGCCUGCAUCAUUUAUCCCACCAACACCAUCAAAUGCACCCUUCUCGUUCCCACCAACAUCAUCAGCAUAUAAUCAUCCAGUAACGUCUUUCUAUAAAUUUAGAGGGGCAUCACCUUAUGCUUUCGAGCGAUUCGGAUUGAGUGAGAAUCAAGGUCAAUAUCCAUAUCAUCAAUUGAAUGCUGGUGAGACACUUCCGCAUUCUGAUGGAUCAUAUGUAAAUAUCAACUUUAAUGGAGGAAGUUAUGCCAGUGAACUUUAUCGACCAACACGUUAUCUACGAAAUUCAUUCAAAAAUGUAACAAGUUUAAUCCAACAGUAA